GGUGGGAUUAUCUUAGUUAAGGGAAGUAAAACUUUCAUUUCCUCCUCAAGUGGAGGCAGAGGGGAUUGGGUUGAGAGAGGACCUAGAGCAGCCAGCAGGACUCCGGCUCUACCAUGCCACUCCCUGUGUGGUGUUUGAUCUCGGUGGGACUGCUUGUAGCCCAAGGAGCAGAGAAAGACUGUCCUCACAGAAAAGCUGCCACUCUGCUGCCAUCCUUCACCCUGACACCUACAGCUACAGAAAGCACGGCACACCCCACCAGCCACAGGCCCACCACCACCAGCCACAGCAACAUCACAGUUCAUCCAACAAGGAACAGCACGACCAGUUCCGGACCCACAACUGCCACUCACAGCCCUGCCACCACCACUACUCAUGGGAACACCACAGUUCAUCCCAUCACAAAUGGCACUGCGGCAACUCCAGGGAUCUCCACCGCCGGCCCCCACCCUGGCCCACCUCCACCUGCGCCGAGCCCGAGCCCUGGCUCCCAGGAGGCUCUCGGGAACUACACAUGGACUAAUCACUCCCACCCUUGUGUUCAGCUCCAGGCCCAGAUUCAGAUUCGAAUCCUAUACCCAACCCAGGGUGGAGGAAAGGCCUGGGGGACGUCUGUCUUGAAUCCCAACAAAACCAAGGUCCUGGGGGGCUGUGACGGGGCCUCUCCCCACCUGUCUCUCUCAUUUCCGUAUGGACAGCUCACCUUUGGAUUCAAACAGGACCCACAGCAGAGCCAGGGAGCGGUCUACCUCAGCUACAUGGCAGUGGAGUACAACGUGUCCUUCCCGAGGGCCUCGCAGUGGACAUUCUCAGCUCAGAAUUUAUCUCUCCGAGUGCUCCAAGCUCCCCUGGGCCGAAGCUUCUGCUGCAGAAAUGCAAGCGUAGCUGUUUCUCCGGCCGUUCACCUGGACCUGCUCUCCCUGCGGAUCCAGGCUGCUCAGCUGCCCGACUCAGGCCACUUUGGGCCAUGUUUCUCUUGUGCCGGUGACCAGUCCCUUUGGCUGCCUCUCAUCAUUGGCCUGGUUCUCCUUGGCCUCCUCACCCUGGUGCUCAUUGCCUUCUGCAUUACCCGGAGACGACAAUCCACCUACCAGCCCCUCUGAGCAUUUACUCUGACCUGCUCUGUGGGCCACCAAGAAGCACCCUCGUUUCUUCAACAUGCAACCAACUCAACAAAGUUCUCUUCCUUUCCUGUCUUUAAGAAGAAAACCAGAGAUUUGAUAAGAGGGCUAGUUAAUAAAGAUGAACGGGCCCUAACCCUUGCUCAUGAAAACUUAAUGAACUCUCUGCCUUUGGCUUCCCUUGUCCUGCCAGGAUUAAAAGGCUCGAGAUUUUUGUCA